AGUUACUGGCCAACAAGCAAUGAGAAAGGUGGACACUGGUGGCAUUGCAUAGCAAAAUGGAUUUCGAACGGGUGUUGGAUAAAUGUGGAAGCUUUGGACGCUAUCAGUUAAUAUUGCUGAUACUCUAUGGCUACACAAACAUCUUAUCAUCGAUGCACUAUUUCUCACAAACCAUCAUUAGUUUUACACCAGCACACAGUUGUGUUCCUCCCCAGGACCUUUAUCCUUCUGGGUCAAAUGUAUCUAUACAAAGUUGCAGUUUCAUAGAUUUACGCGAUCAAAAUGAGUAUCUAUGCAAUCAAUGGGAUUACGAACUGGAAAGUGGCUAUACAAGCAUCACAACAGAAAUGAACUGGAUCUGCGAGGAUGGCUAUAAGUUGGCUGUGGGUCAAUCAUUUUUCUUUGUGGGCUCCGUUUUAGGCACCAUAUUCUUUGGCUAUCUGGCCGAUCGUAUUGGCCGUUUGCCAGCUUGCAUCUUAACCACACUAACUGGAGCUUUGGGCGACUUUCUUACAUCAUUUGUCAGUUCAUUACCUUGGUUUUCCAUAACACGCUUUAUAUCGGGCCUAUCCACAGAUACUCAGUAUAUGUUGAUGUAUAUUUUGGUCUUCGAGUACCUGAGUCCCAAACGACGCACAUUUGGUCUUAAUAUUGUGCUGGCUUGUUUCUAUAGUGUCGGUCUGAUGAUUUCUCCGUGGAUAGCCAUUUGGGUGGGCACCUGGCGCAGGUAUCUCUGGGCUGCCUCAUUGCCAGCUUUGGGUGUUCUACUCUAUCCCUGUCUGCUCUUCGAGAGUGCCGAAUGGCUGCUGACCAAAGGUAAAUUCGAAAAGGCUACACAAACAUUGAAACGCAUAGCCAAAAUCAAUGGUCGCCAAGUGGACGAAUCGGUAUUUGAUGAAUUCAUCAAGCAUUAUCGUGAGAAAAUGAAUAGUCAACAGGAGUCCUCUGAUACAUUUAUGGGAAUGCUAAGGACACCGCGAUUGAGAAAGUUUACCAUCAUUCUAUUCCUCAAGUCAGCGAUUAUCACAGUGGCCUUUGAUAUAAUUAGUCGUAAUAUGGAAGGAGUGGGCACUUCACCCUUCAAACUCUUCUCCUACACUGGCGUAGUGUACUUGCCCGCCGGUUUUACCAUUAUCUUAUUCCAAAAUAUCAUAGGACGCAAGGGUAUGGCUUGUGCCACACUGCUAGGAGGAGCAAUCACUACAGCUGUCACUGGCUACAUGGUGGCCACAUUGGAUCCAGCUAAUCAUGCUCUGGUCUUGGCUCUAAUGGUCGGUCUUGGACGUUAUGGUGUCGUCUUGGCCUAUGAUGCUGAAGCCCAAUAUGCGGCUGAGAUUAUACCGACCAGUGUUCGAGGACGAGGACUCUCGAAUAUUCAUGUAGUUGGUUAUGCCUGUGGUUUCUGUAGUUCGUAUAUUAUUUUCUUGGGAACCAUUUUCAAGCCUUUACCCUCAAUAUUUAUAAGCAUAUUGCUGUUCAUCGGAGCUGCCCUGUGUCUCACAUUACCAGAGACUUUAAGAAAGAAACUUCCACAAACUCUGGCCGAUGGUGAGGUGUUUGGUGUUGGUGAAAAAUGGUAUUUCUUUCCCUGUUUCCAUCGAAAGACUGAGGCCCCCGUAGAGGAGGCCAUAGAGCCGAAAAAGUACUAAUAUAAAACCUAACAAAUUAUGUGAUUAAAUAAUAAAUAAUAAAGCCUUUUUUUUAUAUACAUA